CGCGCAUCUCAUCCAAGCGAUAUUGUUCCAAUGGCCUCUACUAGUAGCACGAUUCCUGCCUUGAAGUCUUCAUUUCUCAACGCACAAGCAAGAAUUCUAUCGCAGCCGCUUGAACCUGAGAAGAUCCGGCGCCAUAGCGGGGACACGAUUCCUGACAGCGUUAUUCAAGAUGUCACGCGGGAGGUCAACCGCGAGCUCAGAAGACACAGCAAAUCUGCAUACAGCUCGCUUGCAAUUCGCGCUGUUGCCGAACAAAUCGACAAUCUGUAUUGGCGCUCAGCCGAGCCGGACGCACAUGACGACGAGCUCGAUGAAGGCCCCGACGGCAUUCGCGUUCUAGGCACAGAUGAUGAUCUUUCGUGGCAGAGCAACAUAUCUAGACUACCCGCGCUGUUCGAAGACCUAGCACCGGCAGAGGCUCCUUCCGUAGACCUUGAUGCGCUCUCGGAGCAGCUUGCGCAUCUUCAAGAACUCGAUUCGCGUCGUGCAGCGCUAAAUAGAAAGCUUGCCUCAUACAAUGCAUUACUGAAACUCCUAGCACCGUUCGAGCAUGCACAAAAAAACAUACAACCGAACCUAGUCACCAAGGAUGGACCCCUGGCGACGGAGCUCACAAAGCUGAGGAUGAUGAGCUUGCGCGUCAAUGGUCGGUUGGGUGACUGGGUCGAGGCGAGGAAGGCUGAAGACGCAGUUCGCAACGUGGUGUCAGACGAAACAUGGCCGAGCGAAGAGGAGAGGCUCGCUGCAGUACUUGCCAGCUAA